AUGGCGAGGCGAAAGAAGACUGGGAAGAGGGCUAGCUCGCAGGCCGCCUCGCAGCCUGCAGACAACAACGAUGUGUACGGCAUGGACGAAUCCCAAAGACGACUUCGGAAGGAAGGCUUUCACCCGGCCGUGACAUCCCUGGCUCCAAGAGAAAUCGUAGUGGCUUGGACAGCACGACUCGUCACAGGCAAACCGACUCGCGAGCAGUUCUUAGGACUAGGACUAUCUAAGGGCUCAGACUACACGCCGUCUCGGUACAUGACUACGGGUAUGCUCUUAUUGCGGUAUGAGUCAAGAUGGGCUCGAUCUGUGGAUGAACCAGACGACAAAACCAACAAGUUGGCGACCAUCUUCAACUCCAUUCACAUUGGCGGCGAAGUUGCAAAUUACCUAUUCGAACAAGGAUGGAAGUCCGUUUUUAAUGCCGCUUCUAGUUCCUCUUCAUCCUGGAGAGCCAUUGCAAAUAGCAUUAAAAUCUGGGACUUUUACGCAUCGGACUUGAGGACCGAUGGCCACUCGGGCGUUCUUCUCGCAGUCACCCCCGAAUGUACCAUUGGAGAAUUAAACCUGGCUAGCCAUCUUGAUCCAUAUGGUCUCGACCCAACGAACACUCUUUCCACUUGGUGCCAAGAUGCUAUGAAAUACGAGAGAGAGAUUUAUCUCUCCAUAUAUCUCAUCCACAAUCGCAUCCAUAGGAAGAUUGGAAAAGGUAAAAACCCCCAGAACAAGCAACAUGGCCAGAAGAUUCUGCCGGUGGACUUCAUGGCACCGAAAAUCGUGGCUGCUGUGAGUGAUAUACGGGAAGUCAGAGGCAUCUGGGGCUUCAACCCAUUCGUUUCGAACUCACCAUCCCAGUUGUUCCAGCCGUCGAUAAUAUUUUCUGCUAUGCGAUUGAGAGCAAUGCUGAGACAUAUAUCUGAACAACAGAAAGCACUAAAAGUAUUGCACUUCGAAAAGAUCCCCCUCUUGGACCGGCGCAUGGUUGCGGUGAUUUUACGCGAAUGCCCAAAUGUCCGCAUGAUUGGCAUUUACGACUGUCCCCUGAUCCAUUUUGGAGACGUUUUGUGCCUUAUCGACUUGAUCUACGAAGUAAAUUAUAAGCGAAGGGAGGCUGGUCUGCCCGAGAUCACGGCACUUGACUUCUAUCCACGCUUUAACCACGGAACACCAUUCGAGACCGGUAGAUCAGCCACAUAUGGACUAACAUGGGGUCCUCAUAAAUUGGACGUUGUUCAGAGAGGCUUCUUUUACAUUAUCCUGAAAGCAUUCGUGAAGGCGAAGAGAAUAAACCUUGGUCUUUUGUUUGAUAAGGAUAAGGCCUUUUGCAACUACCUCCGUCAAGUCCCAAACUACCCUCUAGCGGUUCCCAUGUUUCUGGAUGCCUUAUACCGAUAUGUGGACGCGAGGGACAGACAGUCGCAGAAAAAGGCGCUGUAUGACCUUGUAAAGCCGGUGCGGCUUGGUCUAACCCGGGAUAUGGAUCGGGACUGGCAAACGCGUUACAUGGAUACUCUUGGAGAUUACCUGGUAUUUUGCUCAUCUUGUGGCUACGAAACUUUGGAGGAGUUUUACUCUGGCCCUGCUCGAGAUAUGCAACCUCAUCUACGUGUUUGUGCCGGGUGUAUCUUGCAGCGGUGGCUUGACGACGAGGACGAUCAUCUCAAAGAGUACAAGAAGCAAAUCUUGGAUACACUGUAUCCCUCAUGGAAGGGCUCAGACUUCAACAAGGAUGCCCCGAUACCAAAAUUCGCAAAGGGCGUCAUAAAUCUGCACUCGACGAAGUCGGUACGCCCCGAUACUAAUCAUCUUUAUGUGGACAGCAACGGUGUGAUGUGCACGCGUCAAGCGAUGCGGGACAUGGUGCGAGACAACAAAAUCCAUUACGAUUCGUUGGUGAAUUUGCCCGCCUUGGGUUCAAUUGUCGCCAAUUCAAAGCUUUGGGGGAGGGUCUACAACAAGUGCAACAAUCUCGACGUAUACUGCAGGGCGAUUCGUUGUUUGACAGAGCAAGAAGAGAAGCGGGAGACUGAGAAGAAGCAAGCCCGGAGGGUGGAUGGCGGGAAGCCAGAUACAGUGGAAGAGCUACAACCACCUACACAGAUACUCGAGGGCAACAUACCGAGCCAUGACAUUGAUUCUGCAUUUCUAUUUCAUUGGGGCUUGACUCAGAAGGGCUGGGGAGCUGAGGAGCGGAAAGUUGAAGCGCCGCGUGAUGACCAGGUGAAGCCGGACGGCUUUUGGUAG